UUGUUUUAUUUUUCCAGGUGAUGAGAUUGUUGAUAGGGGUUAGGGAGGCUUGGAGGUGAAAGAACUCGGCUAGCAUCUCUUUUUUUUUUUAUGGCGGUUAUUUAUUCACGGAUUCUACGUUUUGUUUCCCUGGAGAUUAUCCGGAUUUGAAAUUCUCUAGAAGAUUAGUGAAUCAUUCCGGUCCGUGAUCGAGCUCGGAUAGCCGGAGACGAGAUGAGGUAGAUUGUUUUUUGUCUUUUUUUUUGCUUGGCGUAAGAGGAGGCGUGAGUGUUUGGAUUGGUAGGAAGAAACGAGAAAAUGAAUUCCAAUGGAAAUGGGUUUGGGAGUGCCGGUGCGGUGGCGGCGACUGAAUAUAUAAGGAGACAUCAUCGACAUGAGACUGGAGGGAAUCAUUGUAGUUCGGCUGUCGUCAAGCGAAUCAAAGCUCCCGUUCCUCUAGUUUGGUCUUUGGUUAGGCGUUUUGAUCAACCUCAGAAGUAUAAACCCUUUAUCAGCCGGUGUGUUGCGCAAGGUAACCUUGAGAUUGGGAGCCUUAGAGAAGUUGAUGUCAAGUCAGGGCUACCUGCAACUACAAGCACUGAAAGACUAGAACUUCUUGAUGAUGAUGAGCAUAUCCUCAGCAUCCGCAUUAUUGGUGGGGAUCACAGACUUAAGAACUACUCUUCAAUCGUCUCCCUCCAUCCAGAGAUCAUCGAUGGAAGACCUGGGACUCUGGUCAUUGAAUCAUUCGUGAUGGACGUGCCUGAAGGAAACGCAAAGGAUGAGACAUGCUACUUUGUUGAAGCUUUGAUCAAAUGCAACCUCAAAUCUCUUGCAGAUGUUUCAGAAGGACUAGCGGUGCAGGACCGGACAGAACCCAUUGAUAUUUGAAAGGCAGGGACUGGAGUUAUAAGGUGGUGGCUAUUGUUGCCAUGGAUGAAGAUUCGGGGCUUUCGUAUCAUCGGAGGUUUGAGAGAUAGACUGGCAAUUGUAGGUCUUCCAUCUUCUAGAUACAUUCACAUUGCAUUCCUUCUAUUUGUUAUUGUUCUCUCCUUUAAUUUUAACAUCAUGUGCUGGAUUUUCCGUCUUUAUUCAAUUAAAAAAAACCCCCACAAAUAUUAUGAAGUUUGUUUUGUUGAUGAAAAAAGAGGGGGACUUAGAUGAUUCCAAGUAUUGUUAUUGUGGGUAUUCAAUGGUUUGUAUAUAAGAAGGCUAGAAAGAG